CAAACCUUGGAAUAUUUUUAAGGGUUUUACGACCGCAACCAACGUAAAGAUGUUUUUAUGAUUUUAACCAAGAAACCUGUUCCUACUAAAGGUCCCCCCACACCUGAUUGUGAGCACACCGUGGGUAGGGAAUGUCACUGUUUAUUUUUGUACUGUAUUUUUCCAAGUGUUUAAUAAGCAUUCAUUCAAUUGUCAAGUCCAAGGGACCAAGAAAUGAUCGCUCCUCAGGGAAAUCUCCUCUGAUCGUAUUCCAACAGUUGAAAGGAUUGCUUGAGCAGACGGUCAAAGGCCACAUCCUCUGAUUGGUUCCCACGGACUGGAGGUCAUUGGUGGAUACAACUGCCAUUCAAGGCUGCAUCCUCUGAUUGGUAUCCACAGACAGGAUCGAUGCAGUGGCAGCAGGCUUCUGCACCAGGGACCUCCAUGGAAAUCAGCUCUGCUUGAGCUCAGAUCUGCUCGGCGGACGUUGGGCCAGAGUUCCCCAACGGCAGGCUAAGAUUCAGUUGGAUCCCGUUGUAGGGUUCCUUCAACCCUACAGCCAGAAAGGUGCCUGCCGAUAGGCUGGUUGUCAGGGGAUCCACGGCCUCUCCUGUUCAGAAAUCCAACACAGGCCUGCAGUGGUCCUAGCCUGGAAACAGCACCCUGUGUUCCCUCCGAGGGGCAGGUGGGGAGGCCAUGAUGUCGACCUCUGGCCCCAGCAUACAGCCUGGGGCCUUUCCCUUUCUAAACUCCUACAGUCUGGAGAAAAUGGAUACAUCCAAUGUAAAACUGUGACAUUCAUUCAAGCUAACCUGGCACAAAGAAGUGGUUGGAGGAAGUGAAACCUCAGAAGUUGCUAAAGGCUGGUUGUACUUUGCAGGAGAGAGUCCCAAAGUGGCCCAGCCCUACCAAGUCUUUCAUCACAGACCAGCUUUUGGACUAUCAGAUCACCAGGACCUACUGUCGUCAGGAGCCACAGUCUUUCCGGCGCUCUUCGGCAAUCGUGGGCUCUGUGCCUAAUGGGAGGUGAGGAGGGUCGGCCGCUUCCCUGGCUUGCGUGAAUAUACGGCAUUGGUUGUCUUCUGGCUGGUGUACCUUCAGACACGCUGGACCUAGUUGGAGUCUGGAAGAACCUCAUCUUACCAAGCUGACCAGUCUCUUACUGAGCACGCCCACCGUAUCCCUCAGAGGGGCUUCUCUGAGGCACAACCGGCUUCAGUCACCAAAGCAGAUCAUGCCUUCUCCUCCUAUUGUCAGUUAGCAAACUAUGGGGGUGGUGUGUGGUGCUCAAUAAAUACCGAUGAUGACGUGACCCUCCCGGGACUGCAUGUUGUACUGCUUUCGUACUCUCCUGAGCAUCCGCUACCAUACUCUGCAUGCGGUAGGUGCUCGGGAAAUACCAAUGGAGGAUCCACUGGGAAGAUGAAAUCUGCUCCCUGGACACACCUGCUUUUGACCUUGUUCCUCUUAGAGGAAGGUUGCUGUCAGCAGCUUGCACCUCCCACUGGGAAUCUCAGAGAAGGAAGCCGGGCCAUCAGUCCUCCUGGGAGAGAUCUUGGAGGGGGAAAACGAGCAAGCAUCCAACUGGUACCCCACAACUCGGCAUUUGCAUUCGAUCUGUUUAGAAAGGUGGCGUCCUGCAGUUCUGGUGAGAACAUCUUCUUCUCUCCACUGAGCAUCUCCACCGCCUUUGCUAUGUUAUCCCUGGGAGCCCGAGAUGCUACCCUGACUGAGCUAUUUAAGGGCUUAGACUUUGCCAAAUUGCCAGUGGAGGAAGUCCACGCGGGGUUCCGGUACCUCAUCCACACACUGGGCCAGCUCAAUCGCAAUCUCCGGCUAAACGUGGGGAAUGUUCUGUUCGUAGAGGAGCAGAUGAGACCUCUUCAGUAUUUCCUGAGGGAUAUCAGGUACUGGUAUGCAGCAGAGGCCAUCCCCACUAACUUCCAUGAUCCUCUAGCAGCCCGCGAUCAGAUCAAUGGGUAUGUUGAUCAGAAGACCCAAGGGAAAAUCCCGGAUCUAAUUGGGAACCUUGAUUCGGAAUCGGCACUGGUUCUCGCCAGCUACAUUUUUUUUCAAGCCCAGUGGGAGAAGAAAUUUGACCCAAGGCAGACUCAGGAAGAUGACUUUUUUCUGACAGAAGACAAGUCGAUUAAAGUUCCCAUGAUGUAUCGAGGAGGUAUGUACAGAUACGGCUAUGAUGACCAGCUCUCCUGCACCAUCCUGGAGAUGCCUUACAAGGGGAAUGCUACGGGACUCUUCAUUCUUCCCGACGAGAGGAACCUGGAGAGGGUGGAGGCUGAGCUGCAGAAAGACACAGUGGCCAGAUGGAAAAAAUUAAUAACCAGAAGAUCUAUUGAUGUGUCCCUCCCAAAGUUCUCUAUUUCGGGCACCUAUGACCUGAAACCUCUCCUCUACAAGAUGGGCAUCAUGAAAGUAUUCACGGAGUAUGGAGAACUCUCCAAAAUUGCUGCCCAGCACAGCCUAAAAUUGACGAAGGCCGUGCACAAGGCCGUGUUGAAGAUUGAUGAGAAGGGCACAGAAGGGGCGGCAGGCAGCAGUGUGGAGGCCAUGCCGAUGAUAAUGCCCUCCCUAGUGAAGUUCAACCAGCCCUUUCUGGUGAUAAUCACAGAUGACUUUACCGACAGCAUCCUCUUCUUGGGAAAGGUAGCCAACCCAGCGGGAAAAUAGUGACUCCGACUUCCCUCCAACUGCCUGCAGGUUCUAAAUGUUGCUAUAGAAUAAAGAACAGUCGUGAUCUGCUGAAA